UUCAUAUAUUUGAUAAUUGCAGAACUGCGGCAUAUCUGGACUGAUGGCCGACGUAAAUUGUCGAUGUUCAACGAUACACCGCUCUGGAGAUGGACUUGGGAAAGUACUGGCGAGCUAGUUUCCGAAAUGGGUGUAAGCUUUGUUCCAUGGUGCUUAGCUGGUCAAUGUCACAAUAAUGAUGCAAAUUGCUUAAACUUUGAUCAUGCAGAUUACACUCCUAUCAUAUAUGGGCUGAACUGCAAUCAAAGUCAAACGUAUAUUUGUCAACCUUGGUCAGCAGCAUGCGCGCCUCGUAGAUCGAACUUGGACACGAGCUAUGCAUUAUCAGGCAAUAACGACUUGCUGCAAACAUUUUCGCUUUCGAAGACAACGACAGCAUCUUAUUAUGAUGAAGAAGAUAAUCAAAAGUCUGUUCAUGCUACCAUACCUUUGUUUACGAAUCAUAGUUUUCCAAGCUCAACAAAUCAAACUGAUAAUCUUCAAAACAAUUUCUUUUUUAAAGAAGAAAGAAAUUCAAUAAUUCCUAAUUCUUCUGAUUAUAAGAAUAAUUAUAUUGCUAGAAAAAGCUAUACUGAAAAAAUCAUAUAUGUAGAAGAAAAGGAAGAAAAAGCUAGUGAUAACAAUAUUACUGUUUUUCUCAUUCCUUCUUAUCAUAUCUUUGAAAAACCGAUCAAAAUAAAACUAACUUCAAAAGAUGCAGGGAACAAUAUUCAUGGUAAAUUUAAAUCAAACUCUUCAUUCAGUAACAUCAUUGUAUCUUCAAGAGGUAACAACAAAAUUUGGAAUAAAUCCAUAUUUAGAUAUUUACCAAUUCCUGUGUUUAAUGCGAGAUCAUAUAACAAAAUUAAAAUAUAUCCAGGGAUAUUUCGAUCUCUCGUCUAUUUUCUGCCUAAUCGAUAUUAUUAUCCAUAG